AUGCAAAUCCUAGCAGCCGUCCGUUCGGGGUUGUGUAAACAAUCCGAAACGAAGUCCCACGAUCAGCUUGGUGGCCAGUCUGUAACAGGUGGCGAGCAAAUGAUGAAGCAGGUGCUCUGUGAGACUGGCUUGAUGGCCUGGUUGUUUGUGUGGCGUUCAAUCUCAUUCGCACGCGUUCAACCCAGACCGAUUCCGGAUACUGUUAAACAUUUAAAUAAUAUUCGAAGCCUAGACUUAUCAUCCAAUAAGUUGGAAAUAUUGAAACCAUGGAUCGGACGCUUCAAGUUGUUGAAGAUACUGAAUGUUGAGCAUAAUAAAUUGCAUUAUUUCCCAGCUGAACUAUGCUUGCUGACCAAAUUAGAAACUCUCAAUGCGAGUAACAACUUGUUGACCAGUCUGAUCAUGCCUGGUCAUGUGACCAAUUUCGCUGAGAUGCAGAAUCUUCGGUUUAUUCAUCUAUCCUCGAACUGUCUCACGGAGUUUCCUGUCGAGUUGUGCUCCGCGUCCAUUCCCAUUCACUUGCUCGACCUAUCCAACAAUCAGAUCGGACUUAUCCCCAGCUGUGUGUCAUCGAUACAGGCCAUGGAAUUAAAUAUGGAUCACAAUCAGUUGACCACCAUUGCCCCGAGUAUCGCCAAAUGCCCUCGGCUAAAGGUUCUCCGUCUUGAACACAAUCGACUCACAGUACAAGCAUUUCCCACAGAACUGUUGACGAAUUCCCAAGUCUCUUCCAUGUCUGUGUCCGGGAACCUAUUUGAAAUGCGUGAUUUCUACAGUUUACCCGGUUAUUCUCAAGUUAAGAGCAAUCAAAAUUGGUAUGAGGGUUUCAAGGCCCUAAUCGGAUCACUGGCUCUGGAUCAUAGGCUCCCUGCAUGGGGACCCCGAGAUCAUGGUAACCGGUGGUUAGAGAUUCCGAGUGAUAUGGCCAAGUGUCGGAAAUAA